AUGGCCUACAUGUCCAUCAGCAGCACUGAGAUUUCUUCUUGUACGGAUGACUCAAGCCUUGCCAACAUCCAGGCUAUAUCCUAUUUUGAGGGUAAGUUUUGUAUGAGUUUUCUGAGGUCUGGUUCCCUUGAAUAAGUAGGUAGUUCAGAGAUGGCCGGGCAAUGUGGCGGGGAAUCUGUUUGGCAAAGAUGGCACAACCAUACUGUCCUCAGCGUCCGCCGUUAGAAUUCUGUUUUUUAUCUCUAAAGUAGUUGUCGAGUUCCUCUGCUUUUUUUGUGGAACUUGGUUCCAUGUGGUCUUGGGAGCCUAGAUAUUUUUUCUUGUUCCCCAUUUUCCAUUUUUGUGAGAUUGUUUGGCCUGUUUAUGUAUCGGUAAGCUGGGAGCUCUCCGAGAGUGCAUCUACCCCCUUUUUUCUUUUUUUAUGUACAAUUUAAAUGUAAUAUCACAGGAAUACAUACAGUGUUGUCAGUUCCAAUAUAUUUCUUCAUAUAUUUGGCAUGUCAAAUAUAAAAAAAUAAAUUGCAUUUUACAGAUUACAAUCUUUGUAGCUUGCAAGUAUUUUACGUACAAGCAUGGCAUUGAGACACCCUGUAAUACACUAUUUGUGAGUGAGGUUAUUCUUAGAUUGUGUAUGUUCAUGACUGCAGCUAUUUUGUCUCUUUUGAUAUUUGUUUGCCCUAAGACUCUUCGCAUGUUCUCAUUAAGUGCACCCAUCAUGUUAUUUAAAGGAUAUGUAGAAAAUACCCAUAUAGUUAUAAAACACCAAAGUGCAAACCAGUAGUAGUCAAAGGGUUAAUAGGCUAAAUUGUAUGCUCAGCAGUAUCAUUGCUUGACUUGGCAGUAUAAUUAUAUUUGGGAUUGAAGUUUUAGUGCAUGUACCUAUGCUUGUUUCCACUCAAGGUCAACAGAUGUUACUGCUCACACUCCCAAAUCCUUAUUGUAAGAUAUGUGCCAGCAAUGGGGAUGUGUAUUAUAUUGUGAGAAAUGGUAAAAAGGAGAGGGUUACUAACAUUACUUUAUUUGUAACUGAUAACGAGCAUAUUUGCAAAUUGUAAAACUCUGUCUUUCUGAACCAGUGUAACUGUUCCUCACUCUAUUGCAACAAAGACAUGAUCCUACACAUCCAGGGUCGGCCUUAGGGGUGUGUGAGCUGUGCGGCCGCACAGGGAGCCAAGGAGCAGGGGGUGCCCUGCGGCCGACACAGCUCACACACGGCCGGACGGAAUUUAAAAUAAAUAAAUAAAUUGUGGCGGGGGAGGGGCUUACCAUGCGGCAGGGGUGGAGUUUCCUGUGCGACAGGGCGGAGCUAAAAGCGCCGGAUAACUGCUGCAGGGGAAGCAGGUAGGAGUCCUGCUUCCCCACCAAACAGUAUCCAGAAGCUGCACUGCCUCCUCAAUGAACUCCACAGAUAACUGUGUGAUUGUCAGUGUGAGUGUGACUGUCUGCCUGUGUGUGUGUGUCUGUGUGGAUGACUGCCUGUGUGUGUGUCUCUGUGUGCGUGGAUGACUGCCUGACUGUCUGUGUGUGUGUGUGUGUGUAUGACUGCCUGUGUGUGUGUGUCUGUCUGUGUGUGUGCCUGUGUGUAUGACCCCUGGUGUGUGUGUGUGUCUAUGUGUAUGACUGUCUGCCUGUGUGUGUAUAUGACUGCCUUUGUGUGUGUGUGUGUGUGUGUGUCUGUUUGUAUGACUGUCUGCCUGUGUGUGUGUGUAUGACUGUCUGCCUGGGUGUGUGUGUGUGUGUGUCUGUGUGUGGCUGACUGUCUGCCUGUGUGUGUGUGUGUGUGUGUGUGUGUGUCUGUGCAGGCUGACUGUCUGCCUGUGUGUGUGUGUUCAGUGUAUGACUGUUCGUCUUCGUGUGCAUGACUGUAAUGUGUGUGUGUGUGUCUGUGUGUAUGCCUGUCUUCCUGUGUGUGUGUGUGUGUGUCUGUGCGCGACUCAGUGUGUGCGUCUGCGUGCAUGUGUCUGUGUGUGUGACUGCCUGCCUGUGUGUGUGUGUGUAUAUGACUGUCUGCCUGUGUGAGUGACUGUCUGCCUGUGUGAGUGACUGUCUGCCUGUGUGUGUGACUGUCUGCCUGUGUGCGUGUGUGUAUGACUGUCUGCCUGUGUGUGUGUGUGACUGUCUGCCUGUGUGUCUGUGUGUGUGUGUGUGCAUGACUGUCUGCCUUUGUGUGUGUGACUGUCUGCCUGUGUGUGUGUGUGUGUGUGUGUGUGACUGCCUGCCUCUGUGUGUGUGGAUGUCUUCCAAACAUUACAUCAUACAUGGAUGAAGGGGGAGGAGGGGGGGUUGUGAAGUUUUUUCGCACAGGACGCCUAUAGCCCUAAAGCCGGCCCUGUAUACAUCUACUGCUCCGACCUAUGACUGAUUAAUUGAAAAUGGCUUUUCAGAAUGUAUUGGCUAUUUGGCUAAGAGAUAUACAAGGCUUCUGUUAGACUUUAUUUGUAAAUAUAAGUAUAACUGAAAUAAUAAAAAAUUAGAAGAGACAGAACAAGUCUGGUGACAUUGUCAGCAUAUCAUCCAAAAAUAGAACUUACGCAUCAGAAACAUAGCAAACAGGGACUAUGCUGUGGAUACCCACAAUAGUUUUCCCCAGAACUGAAGAACACCCUCCACAAACUAUUAGCACCAUAAUUAGUACAACAACAUGUAGUGGUUAUGGUGCUUAGACUGUUACUUUAACCCAUAAGUAGCCGUAAUUAGCACUAAGAAUUUUUUUUGAAAAAGACUAUUGCCAUUUAAAAUAAUUAUUUAUACAUUAUUCUGGUAGCAUUAUACAUAUGAAUAUUUUUUUUUUAUAUAGAUUAAGAACUCACCUUCAUCAGGUCUGAAAACUUUAAAUUUAAUAUUUGGAAAAGUUAUUUUGAACUUGGUAGGCAUUUAUAAAAAAUAUUAGUGGCUGUGGUUGUGUUUUAUUUUGUUUUGUUAUAUAUAUGAACAAUAUGAGUUGAAACAUAUUAUAAUACUAUAAAAAUAGUAUUACAUUCAUCUUUUGGCUCAAAUAAGGACACCAAAAUCUUUGAAAAACUUUGGUUCACCCGAAUCAAUUCAUAAAAACAAAAAUACGUUUUUGUAGUCAGAUAGUUGUACAGGUGGAGAUCCAUGCAAAAAUAUUUGGGGAAAGCAAUUUGGACAAGCCAAAAAAAGCAUUAAAAUGGGCCAAUCGUCAUACAGAAAAAUUAUAGAUUUAUUUUUUUUUACUACUCCUUUUUUUACCUCUAUUGGUCACAUCUCACUUAAUCUAUGAAUAAAAAUAAAUAUGUAGUUAUUGUCCCCUAACCAUAAAUCAUCUUUUUCCCCAUCAAACAUCUCUCUUUUUGGUGCCACGGAUGAAGCUCUGAAUCACAAAUCAAGUGAACAUUGCACGAGUAGUUAAAUUGGCUAUAAGUCCAUGUGGCGUUUUGGAGUUAUAGAAGCUGGACUAUUCAUCGAUCAAGCUAAAUUUGGACAAAUUGCAAUUUGUCUGUAAACAAAUGCGCAAGUGUCAUGCCAAAGCAUGAGUUGGCAUUUGAUUCAUGAUGUAGGUUUUGUACAUGCUGGGAUAACAUUUAUUGUAGGCUUUGAUCUAACACCAGGCCUAAGCCAUUAUAUGUAAUUACUAGAUAACCAUCACCAGAGCUGGACAUAGGGUAUCAUAAAAGGUAUUGGUGCAUAUGCUCUGACUUUGGUUUAUUCAAAGGACAACAUCAUGUAAGGAAAUAUGGAAAACAUAUGUAUAUAUUAUGAGAAGACCCAAUAUGAAUAUAUAUUUAGAUUGUCCAGGUUAUAUCUAUUUGUUUGGUACCAAACAUGCCCAGCGGAAGGUGCGACUGUCAUGGGAAACCAGAAUGCACACUUUCCAAGGAGUUAAUGUUUUAUCUCUAAAACUCACAAGAAUCUCUAAAAACUCACAUUAUAGAGGUAUACUGUAAAUGGCACAUUUUGGAAAGCCUGUUGUGUUUUCAGGUAAAUCCACACUAGUGCCCUGGACAGGUCUGAUGGAGGGGACAAUAAUCCGCCAGGCCAAACCCCUCUGAUCCACCCAGGGGUCUGACCACUAAAAACAACCAGUUUGAGCUAUAUAAUCAGAAUGUUGGAUUAUCCAUACAGAGAUUUCUUUUUUACAACUGCUUGGGGAACUUUAACAUCUGGUAAAUAUAUAUAAGGAUUUAUUGUGUUUUCUCCUAUUUUAUUUUAUGGGCUGUUUUGUAACUUGUUACCUGUGUUUCGGUAUGUCAUUUAUUUCUGUAUUUGUGUACACGGCACUGUGAAUCCUUUUUGUCAGAUUCAAUGUUUACUUAAUCAGCUCAUGUCUUUAUUCUCUAUGAUCUCACUCUCCUGAGGAAAGCUCAGGUGAACACAUUACCAAAUGGUUAAUUUUACAUGUCUGGUCAGUAAAGUAAGGUUGUGAUACUAUAAUUCUCCUGCUUAUAACCUAAGAUGCCCAGCUAUAAAGUCUUGGUGGUGGCAGUAAAUUGUGUACUAGGGUAAAACAUUUGCACUCCUUCAGUCUUCAGUGUGGGGAGUGGACUUCCAAAGUGCCAACACAUUUCCCUAGCAAGUAACUGGCUGCGCAGGCAGAAGGCGGAAAGGCUCUGCUACACCACAGGUGCAGUCAGAGGUGAAAAAAAAAACACCACUGUGACAAAACUCCUUACGUUCUUUACACAAAUGAAAACAUUAACUUACUUUGAGAUAAACACUAAACCUCUUCCCUUCCCUAUUGAGCCAGGAAGCACAGAAAAUGUAUCAGAAGCUCCACACUCACUUGGUAGCUGCCCACCAUCAAGACUUUGAAAACUUAAUGUCUGUUGGCGUCUUUGUGCAUUCAAUAUUAGCAAAGAAAACAGAACCCAACCCAAAUUAAUCAGUGUGUCAGAUAAAAUCCUGUAUGUAAGAUCCCCCACCCACAACCAUGUGUAAAGUAUAUCACAAUUACUGCACUAAUAGCAAUACAGCAAGUUUGUGUUGCGUGUCACUAACCACAUGAGCUUACAAUCAACCAAGGAACAGCAAUAGAGAAAGCACAAUGACAGAUAUAAUAUAAAUUGAUGGCCCAAUCUCAAGUUUCCUUUUUCUACUAGCCUAUCUCCUCAGUGACAAGCCUUAUAGAAAUUGAGAAUGUCAUGUCAAGAGAACACUAACUCCAGAUGUAAAAUUAGAGUUUUUGAUCUUCCAGAAUGCAUUGGCUUCAUGUUGAAGCUGGUUUGUCUGCCCACCCCCUACCUGUAGAGAUUUUAUAAGCUUUGUUUAACCAGCCACAUGGCAUGGCAUCCAUAUUGUGUGUUAUACAGUUGACCAUCAUUUUACUAUAUGCAGUAUAAACAAAGGGCAACAGGAUGUUUGAAUGGAGGUUCAUCUAAACCACUUUUUUUUUUAAAAUCUUUGUAAAUUCUUUGCAAUACGCCUAAACUUCUUUAUAACAUUUCACAACUUAAGUUUGCAUUUCAGAUUGCCCACAAGGUUUUAUCAUUUAUAAACUUAAAAAUAACUAAUUUCAAAGAGAGAGAAAAGAUAAUGUAACCAACAAUAAUAAUAAUAAUCAUGCCGAUUUGUGUAUAGUGAUGUCGCGAACCCGAAAUUUUCGGUUCGCGAACGGCGAACGCGAACUUCCGCAAGUGUUCGCGAACCGGCAAACCGCCCGAAACGCCAUUGACUUCAAUGGGGAGGCGAAUUUUAAAACACACAGGGACUCUUUCUGGCCACAAUAGGGAUGGAAAAGUUGUUUCAAGGGGACUAACACCUGGACUGUGGCAUGCAGGAGGGGGAUCCAUGGCAAAACUCCCAUGGAAAAUUACACAGUUGAUACAGAGUCUUGUUUUAAUCCAUAAAGGGCAGAAAUCACCUAACAUUCCUAAAUCACAAUCAAUAUGGAUUGACACCUGACAUAUGACAUAUUGACACCUUGACAUAUGGAUUGACACCGUCCUCAGAGCCCCUGAUACACACACUGACACAGACGAAUAGGGAAUGUUAACAUAGGGUCACUUGGCAGUGAUAUGGAUUGACACCUGUCCUAAGGAUCCCCUGAUACACACUGACAGAGCAGAAUAGGGACCGUUCCUACAUAAAGCAAUACGUAACUGGAACGAAGUAAAAUACCAUUAUUGCAUUGCUGUGCUUCCCCAUAGGAUUGGCUGAGACUUACAAGGAGGCAGAUCAGGGGCAGAGCCAGCAUGAUUCAAACACAGCCCUGGCCAAUCAGCAUCUCCUCAUAGAGAUGAAUUGAAUCAAUUAAUCUCUAUGAGGAAAGUGCAGUGUCUGCAUGCAAUGGGAGGAGACACAGUGCUGCCCUGUGCUCUGCUGACAGCAGAUCUGAGUGGAUUGAGGAGUUUUAUGCCUCCAUCAACUCGGAAGUCCCUCUGGUGGCAUUCUGAGUGACUGCAACUGGAGGUGUUCCUAGCUUUCAAUGUAAACACUGUAUUUUCCGAGAAAAUACAGUGUUUACAUGAGAAAGGCUGCAGGGAGCUAUAGUUCUCACCUGAACAACCUCAUUAAGCUAAAGUUGUUCAGGUGACUAUAGUGUCCCUUUAAAAGUUUAUCCAAAAAUAUUAAAUCAUUUGAAAAGCUCAUCCAAAAAUAUUAAAGGAACACAAAGGGCUCUAUAACAGCCUUCCUUUUUUAUGAAUGGAGAGUUAAUGAUUGGCUUAGAAUGUCAGCUGACCGCUCUAAUGGGAACAUCGGUGCAAAGAUUUGCUUUCUAAGAAUUUCUAAAAGUGGAUAUAUAUAUAUAUGGACAGAUAGAAACGGCACUGCAGAGCAGACUCUGUAUCACUGGUAAGGAAGUGCUAGGGACCCUCUGGCACCAUUAUAACUUAAUUUCUAUUAAGUUGUUAUGGUGCCCAGAGUGUUACUUUAAAUUGAGGAUUUUGUUACAAAUGGUCACAUGCAGGAUACCUUGUCAUCUUGUGUAUCCUUGUCCCCUAGCAUGCUGCAUUUUUUACAAUCUCACAGGGAUGGGAUUUGUGAACAGGAGAAUGAGAUAGGUAUAUAUAUUGUGAAAUCGUAAGCACAGUUUGGCUCACUUACUGCAGAAACUCUUUUGUGCGCUUUUUUUAGAUUUUGAAGGGACACAUCCACCUACAUACACAAUAGGUCAUCCACUAACUGUAAAAAGUAAUCAUACAACUAGACAUCAGUACAGUAUUUAACACAUACAAAUAUGUACAAAUAUAUAAUAAGAUUGUUCAACAAAAGUACACAAAUACGUCAUUAGAUUGUUCAAGACACGCAUAAAAAUGAAUUUAUAGUAUAUAUAAAUAUGCGCUGUGGCUAGAUUGGGCGCGAAGAUUUAAGAGACGCCGGAGGAAGAAACAGAACGUCCACAGCUCCUGAGGAAGUCCCGAAUAAAGCGGGACGAAACACGUUGAGCUCUCCGCACUAGCAGUCUAGCAGUCCAGAGACCUUCAGUACACCACUGCAGUUCCAUCUUUGCUCGAGUUGCAAAUAUACCCCAGCCCUGGGGGUCACGACCAAGGGCUGCGUUUUUCCAUCUGUUUACUUGUCAGCUAAGUGGUUGUUGCCGGGCUAUUGUUCCCUGGUCUCAAAAUAGGACUGGCAUAUACUGUUGUUUGCUAUUUAUUUUUUUAUAUUAUUCAUAAUUGCAAGUUUUGCAGAAUAAAGCUUAUGUAUGUUUUUACUAUACUGUUUUUCUAGUGUCCAGUGCCCUCAUUAGAUGGGUUUGUAUCCAUCUUUUUGUAUAUAUAAAUGAGACAAACACACAAAUAUAUAAUUGUUAAAAAAGGUUAUACAAAUACAUCCUUGGAAUAUAUCUAUAUCUCUAUCUCCAUGGAAUGUUUGAAACCAGCACAUAAAUAUAUCCAGAGAAUUUUCAAGAUAAGUAUAAAAAUGGCCUAAGGUUCUAAGUGUAAGUUUUACUCUACAACUGCAGCAAAGACUAGGUUAGCUUAAACAGAAAUACUUUUGUAAUUAAAACACUAUGCAUGCUAUAAGAGUUAAAGUGACAAUGACAAACGGGCUAUUUUGUUUGUUUGUCUUAUUAAUACUCUUAUUGUUUAUUUGUUCUUAUGCAGCUAGUGCACCAUCAUAUCCCCCACCACCAAUUCCACGGACGAAACAGAGUGAGAGGAGGAUGUCCGAUGUUCCAACACCCAUUAAGCACCUUUCUCCUAUUUCCUCUACUAAAGCCAGCUUACCUGAUCUGAAAGAUCUAGAUGUCACAAAUCCAAGAAAGAACUUUCCCAGCACAAAGCCACCUCCACCCCCAAUACCUAUAUUUCCUGUAGUUCACAAUAAAGGGGAGCCACCUCCUCCUCCCCCAAUUGCACCUGUACGAAGGAUUUCAACUGACAUGAUUGAGAAAGAGGUGCCAAGUCAAAGAAAGGAAUCUACUUGCCUCCCCAACCACAACGUUUCUGAAGCAAGUAUAAAUCUCCCACCUCCCUUACUACAACCAUUACCUCAACGAAGAGGUAUUAUAAACUGUGAACCUAGGGGGACCAGGGUAACAAAACCCCAGUCAGGCGAGAGUGUUGUUAGCAAUUUGAGUAAAGAACUCAACAAUAAGUUUAAAAUGAGCUCUCCUAUACCACCUCCAGUACCAACAAACAAAUCAGGAACUGACAAGUCUAUAGGAACAAUUACUAGACCACCUCCAGUCCCACCAAGCAAACCCAACAACCAAACAUCUAUGUUUAAACCAAACAAUGUUAUGACCACUCCAAGUCCUCCAGUGCCUCCCAACAAGCCCAGAUUAGACUCUAUUGAGAAAUCACCUAAUGUUAGCCCUAACAUCGAUGGAACCAAACCUACUCUGCUAAAGAUAAGUCUACAGAAGCCUCCACCCAUAUCCAGGAAUCACAUGGCUGGAAAGAAUUGCACACCAGUGGAAAGACCCUCCGCUUCUCCAAUAUUGUAAGUACAAAACAUAAAUAAAGAGAAUGAAUUCUGUAGAAAUGAUACAUCGUUUAGAAUGAUUGAAGUAAUCACAUUGGAAUUCACUUUCAGAUUUUGCUAGGGCGCAGAGCAACGGCCUAUUAUCAAUCAGAUUUUCUUUAAAAAUAUUAACUCCUGAUGUGUAAAGGCUGAGAUAUUUAUUCUUUUCUAAAAACCUUUAUAAAAACGAAUACCAUACCUAUUUAUUUAAUUUAUCAGUUUAUUCAAAAUCUGCCCCCUUUUAAAUGUAGUGCCUUUGUAAAGAAAACUUUCUUAUGACCGUUAUGCUCAAUAAGGCUCAUACCAGAAAGUUUACCUUGAGAUUUUGUUUGUUUUCUCUGUUACUUCCUAUGUGGCAUGUACAAGUAUUAUUCUUUUACACCUUUAACAUAUAAUGUGUACGUGAAAGCAGUUGAAUGAUAUUGCAAAGACCAGUCUAAAUCAUUUCCAUAAGUUAAUUAAAGUGAGCUAUACAAAAAUUGCCUUGCAUUAACCGAACGUAAGCAAUAUUACCCAAUGUUUAGAGGAAUUUGGCAAACAAGAUAGGAUUAGAAUGAAGAGGACAAUCCAAACUAUUGUGCAAGUUGUUGUAUUAUGUUAUUGUGACCAUCUUAUUAUUCUCUGUAUCAAGACUCACAGUUAGGUAAUGUCAAUAUAAAAAAAAAUAAAAAAUUCUACUGCAUUCCAAAGAACGUUUGUUCUUUUCCCCUCAUUGUGAGAAGUCAUCCCUGAUAAUUGGGUGGGAUGAUCUUCACACAAGCAGAGUUGAGUUACAAGGAAGAUCCUUGUCUGGGAUGCUGUUUUGCAAAGCACAACUCUGACGCCUUUUUUCUUUUUUCUUAAAUGUGCAUCUAAAUGUUAUCUUUCUCUUUUUAGGAGAACGUCACCGGAUGGACAAAGUUUUAGGGCAUUUGCACUGGAAACUCCAGUUAUCCCCGCAAAGCGGAAAGAUACGUUAGAUGACAAAAGCGACAGUGAGGAUGAUUAUGAAAAGGUAAAGGUGCCAUAUCUGUCAUUUUAUUCCUGACUUUGACACUCAUUCUAAAUGUCAAACAUGCCAAACAGUGAAUAAUCAAAAAUUACUGGAAAAUUUCAGCCAGAAUUAGGAAACCAACUUCAUAUGAAAUGUAUUUUAUUCACCCAAGUAAUGACGAUUUUCAAAUUAUACAAGUUUCCAAUAUGCUAACAAUGUUUACUUUGUUCUGUAGCAUAAUAUAGUUUGUUAUACUAUAGUGUACUAGUGUAUGAUAUUGGGAUACAGUGUAGUAGAUUGUACUCUAGCAUGAAGUAUGGUAUUAAAUUGUAUAGUGGAAGUGCAAUAGAAUCCAAUGUAGUAUAGCAUUGUACAAUAGAUAUAGUGUAGUAUAGUGCACAUAGUACAGCAGUAUAAAGUGUAGCAUAUAAUAAUAUAAGGUUAUAACGAUGAUUACAUUUUUGAUAAUUAUUAUUUCAAGAAACACAUUAUUUACACAGUGUUCUUCUGUUUUUUGUUUUUUUUUAGAUUACUGGGCUCCCUGUUAAAGUAAAAAAAAAAUGAAUUUUUCACAUUAAAAUUUAGUUGUUUUGUGCUUAGAGUGUCCCUUUAAAGUCGGUUAAAUAUAAAAUGUUUACAUCCUUUGUCACAAAAAAAUAAUUGAAUUGUCAUCUUUUUUUUUGCAGGUUCCCUUACCUCCCUCUGUAUUUAUUGAUACCACUGAAUCUGCUGACAUUGAAAGGUAUUUUAUUUCCUACUGGGUUUCAUUGGUUGCAUAUUGAUUGAUUGACAUAGAAUCUUGCCAGUGACUCCCAGUCUGUGGGGGGGGGAGAUGUAAACAGAUCUGUCAUGUCAUCUUCUCACAUAGGUAUUACCUCUUCAUCCAUACACAUAGAUACCACAUUGAGAUACAAUUCUUAAGUCUCUCCACAAAGAUUACACUUUUGCUUCUCCCCAAUGAGAUACCACCCUUCCAUCUUCCGAAGGAUAUACAAACUCCUCCAUUUCCCCACACAGAGUCCAGUAGCUUCUGUGAGAAAGGGAAAACCGAGAAGGUGCUAAAUAAAACUGAUGGGUAUUUUAUCGGGCUACUCCGGAUCACUACUGUGUUUUCAGCUCGUAUCAGCUCACAAAUUAAUUAAAUUAAUUUCCUUUCCGUUUUUUGCUGAAGUUUGUAGGCAUUUGCCUUUGUAACUAUGCAUAUCAGCAGGUGAAAGGUUGAGAAAACAUCCCCGCUGCUAGUCUGGAAGCACAUGUACUCAGCAUGCAUGUGGAAUUAUAUCGUGCUGCUUGUGCACGUUGGACAUAAAUGAGGAUAUUGUUGUUUUUUUCCAGGAUGUUCAAAGCUGUGAGCCAAAGAGGAAGUCCCGAGAAUGGGCUAUUCUGUAUUAGAAAGUCUGCAAAGGCCGGAAAGGUAAAACUCACGCUGCACUCGAGAUUGGCUGUAUCUUCAUAUUGGGUUGGCUGUCACUGUUAGAUGUGCAAAGUUAUUGUUUUCAAAGUAAUCUCCUGCGUUCCCCCGGGAGGCAAAGAAAACUUGUUUAAAAGAUGCACUGCUAUAGUCAGCAGAUUUCAAACACACAUGUGGUGCACACAGCUCAGUGAAAUCUUCACAAGUUUAACAAAAUAGCAUAGUUCGUAGAGACUGAGGCUAAGAAUAAAUAUAUACUUUCUAUCAAGUCUGGUUGACUUUUAAUUGUUUAUAACUGAAAGUAUAGUGCAAUUCCAAAGCUCUCCAUUGAAUGGUAAUGCGGUAAUGCUCAUAUACAUAUAAGAUAGAUAAUGGUGAAGCAUUUAUUAUGGGAAAAUAAUUCCGAUGAGGUGUUCUUGAGACAUUAUGGUAAAUCAUAAGUCUGAAGGUUGAGGGGGUUUAUAAAUGUCUCCAGAAACCCAAGAUAACAAUAUUCUUUACUUAUAAACACAUCAGCGUUAUGUAUCAAGACUUUCCCCUUUCAAAUCCGUAGCAGGAGAAUAGACAAGUGCAAUUUGUUUCAUUCCAAAUAGAAUAUUGAAUGAAUUUAGUCAUUUGAAAGCGUCUGAAUUUCAGAACUGGCUGACAUGGAUACAAUCCGAAAUGAAUUCUGAGGAAAUCCAAAACAAAUGAUUCCAUAGUGAAUCAGGGACUUAUUGACUAAGCAACUGAAACAGCAAAUUUAAGAAACUGAUUUUUUUUCUUCAAUUUGAUUUUUUUAUCUGUUUAGUAGACCGUAUCCUAUCCUUAUGUUGGAUUGCCAAAUAAGGGACUUGUCCACUAAGCAACUAAAUUAGCAAAUUUAAGGAAAAAAGGCUUUAGUAGAUAGCUAAUUUGUUAUUCUGAUUCCUACCUUACGUGGGAGUUGCUGUUUACGGACCUCUCUACUAAACUGCUAGUGUCGCUUAACAGCAAUUCGUUCUGAAUCUAAAUUUGUAGACAUUUAAAAAAUAACAAAUUAACAACGAACUGAAACAAAUUUAUUUUUGACAAAGUACAUCUCUACAGGAGAGUACUACAUUAGGGAAUGGAACACAGCAAUUCAAGACAUGUAUAUGCAAUCACACCAUGCAUUAUAGUUUUUACGUCCCUGUGGUAUCAGCCACAAUGCUGCUUGGAUUUUGAACACAUAGCUGUCUCCUUUAAAAUAACAAAUAGAUCAGGUUACCUCAGAAGACAGACAUAUUAAUAAAAUAAACAGUUCAUGACUAUCUUCGAUACAAACACACGUGGGUUUUUUCGCUUUGAAAUUAGUUGAUGUGCUCAUUUGUUUUCAAUACAUAACUCUGUUUUGUGACUUAACUCUAUUGUAAUUGAACAUUCUAUAUAUCAAUUGUAAGUAAGAAUGCAAUAUAAACAAACAAUGUGAAAUGACAGCGUUUGCUGAACUAACAGUCUUCCAUCUUUCAUUCAAGGUUUUAGUUGUGUGGGAUGGGAUGGCCGACAAAGUCCGGAACUACAGGAUCUUUGAAAAGGUUGGUAGAUUUUUUUUUUUUUUUAAACUACACAAUAACCCCCAACAAAAAUCUGUGAACUUUGAGUCAUGCAGAACCUUAUUUAAGCCUCUUUGGUGAAAGGAAGUGCAUAUUUUACGUUGGUGAAAUAAAUAUUCAAACCAUUGCAUCAAAGUUCUAUGACAGACCCACUGGUUCUUUUCCAUUUAGCACUUCUUGUGUACAUAAUGCUUUCAUAUUUGUCCUAAUACGUUAGCCUUCAAGUAAUUUGUGGUUUAUUUGUCGUUAUUGUCUAUAAUUUUCUGAAUAAACCCCAUAAAACUUUUUUAAACAGAGACUCAAGUUAUGUACAUAGUUGAACUGCAAAAAUAAGAAAAAUAAAGUGUUUUCAAAACAGGGGAGACCCACUAAAAUAGCAGUUUUGAGUCCUGAACUAACCUUUAAGAGGUGAAGUAAAAUUAUUGUAAUAUCUUCUCUUCUUUUAGGAUAACAAAGUCUACCUAGAAGCAGAUGUAUUGUUUGAAGACGUUGGCAGUCUGGUUGAACACUACUAUGCAAAUAAACUACCCAGCCAUGAAAAUCUAAUUCUUAAACAUGCUUAUGGGUGUCCGAGUUCUGCAAGGUGA